AUGAGUGAAGGCCCCGUCAAAUUCGAAAAAAAUACCGCCAUAUGUGUCUUUGGUGCGUCAGGUGAUUUGGCUAAGAAAAAAACGUUUCCCGCCCUGUUUGGGCUCUUCAGAGAGGGCUACCUUGACCCCUCCACUAGGAUCUUCGGUUACGCCCGGUCCAAGUUGUCCAUGGACGACUUGAAGUCCCGCGUACUGCCUCACUUGAAAAAGCCUCACGGCGAAGCCGAUGAGGCUAAGAUCGAGCAGUUCUUCAAGAUGAUCAGUUACAUCGCGGGCCACUACGACACGGAUGAAGGCUUUGACGAAUUGAGAACUCAGAUCGAGAAAUUCGAAAAAAGCACCAACGUCGAUGUCCCACACCGCCUCUUCUACCUAGCCUUGCCACCGAGCGUCUUCCUGACCGUGGCCAAGCAAAUCAAGAGCCGUGUUUACGCAGAGAACGGUAUCACGCGUGUGAUCGUGGAGAAGCCUUUCGGCCACGACCUGGCCUCCGCCAGGGAGCUGCAGAAGAACCUGGGUCCCUUGUUCAAAGAAGAGGAGCUGUACAGAAUUGAUCAUUACCUGGGCAAAGAGCUGGUCAAAAACCUUUUAGUCUUGAGGUUCGGCAACCAGUUUUUGAAUGCUUCUUGGAACAGAGACAACAUCCAAAGCGUCCAGAUUUCUUUCAAAGAGGGCUUCGGCACUGAGGGCCGCGGCGGCUAUUUCGACUCGAUAGGCAUAAUCAGAGACGUGAUGCAGAACCAUCUUUUGCAGAUCAUGACUCUCUUGACCAUGGAAAGACCCGUGUCUUUUGACCCGGAGUCCAUCCGUGACGAAAAAGUCAAGGUUCUAAAGGCGGUCGCCCCCAUCGACAAGGACGAUGUCCUCCUGGGCCAAUAUGGCAAAUCCGAGGACGGCUCCAAACCCUCUUACGUGGAUGAUGACACCGUCGACGAGGACUCCAAGUGUGUUACCUUCGCAGCAAUGACCUUCAACAUCGAGAACGAGCGUUGGGAGGGCGUCCCCAUCAUGAUGCGUGCCGGUAAGGCCUUGAACGAGUCCAAAGUCGAGAUCAGGCUUCAGUACAAGGCGGUUGCAUCCGGUGUCUUCAAAGAUAUCCCCAACAACGAGCUGGUCAUCAGAGUCCAACCUGAUGCCGCCGUCUACCUGAAGUUCAAUGCUAAGACCCCCGGCCUGUCAAAUGCCACCCAGGUCACAGACCUGAAUUUAACCUACGCAAGCAGAUACCAAGACUUCUGGAUACCAGAGGCCUACGAAGUGUUGAUAAGAGACGCCCUGCUGGGCGACCACUCUAACUUCGUUAGAGACGAUGAACUGGAAAUCAGUUGGGGCCUUUUCACCCCGCUCUUGAAACACGUAGAGCGUCCAGACGGGCCAACACCGGAAAUCUAUCCUUAUGGCUCGAGAGGUCCAAAGGGACUGAAGAAAUACAUGCAGAAACACAAGUAUGUCAUGCCUGAAAAGCAUCCUUACGCCUGGCCCGUGACAAAGCCGGAAAAUACAAAAGAUAAAUAG